AGAUCCCACUGCUCUCUGGAGAACAUUUCGCUGGGAGAGUUUGGGGUGUACGAGGUUACAGUGUCCACCGCUGCCUGCUCGAUCUCCACCCACAAGGAACCUGUCUUCAUUUAUGGCGGCAUGAUCAUCGCGUGUGCGGUGUACGUGGUGCUGAUGUUGCUGGUGACGCUCGUGCCGGCGCUGGUGCGGCGAGUGCAGCACUCGGGGCUGGCGACAUGUUGCCGUAUGAACGACUCGACUGAGGAUAUUGACUUGUCCGUGCAGGACAGAGGAGGGAAGAGCGCGCCGAAGAAAGCGAGGGUAAAGGCCCUCGACACGUUCCGAGGGCUCAGUAUCGUGCUCAUGAUCUUCGUCAACUAUGGGGGCGGUCAUUAUUGGUUCUUCGACCACGCGACGUGGGACGGGCUGCUGCUGGCGGACCUCGUCUUCCCCUGGUUCAUGUGGAUCAUGGGCGUGUGCAUCCCCAUGGGGGUGAGGUCGGGGGCCAAGCGUGGGGUGCCCAAACACAAGAUGAUCUUCAAGAUUUACAAGAGGUCCCUAAAGCUCUUCGCCCUGGGCAUCAUUCUGAACUCGCUGGGCGGGUGGGUGACGCUGGCCCAGUACCGCGUCCCUGGCGUGCUGCAGCGCUUCGCUGUAGCUUACCUCGUCGUCGCCUCCGUCAUGGUCCUAUGUCCGGAGCCGGCCGCCUUGCAGAACAAAUGCGGUGAGGCCAUGAGUGACGUAGUAAGUCUCUCUUACCAGUGGGUUAUAUACAUCCUGUUUGUCCUCGUCCACACGGCACUCAUCUUCUUCUUGCCGGUGCCUCAAUGCCCGACAGGAUAUCUUGGCCCUGGAGGCUUAAGCCUCAUGGAUAGCGAUGGUAGCCCGCGGCCUGAUUGUAUUGGGGGAGCCACGGGCUACGUGGACCGCUGGCUGCUGGGGGUGGCCCACAUCUACCAGAACCCCACAGCCAAAACUGUCUAUCACUCGGGGCCUUUUGAUCCUGAAGGCGUUCUCGGUUCGAUGCUGUCGAUAGUGCAGGUGUUUCUAGGGGUGGUGGCCGGCAACGUCCUGCAUCACCACAAGGAGCACAAGCAGCGGCUGGUGAGGUGGCUUGUCUGGGGCGCUGUUACCGGGGCCCUCGGCGCGGUGCUGUGCUACGCAGGACAGCAGGACGCGCCUGUUCCUGUCAACAAGAACUUGUGGUCGCUCUCCUACGUCCUGGUGACAUCCUGCUUCGCCUUCUUGCUGCUCUGUCUGAGCUACCUUCUGGUGGACGUGUGGCGGCUGUGGAGUGGUGCUCCGCUCUACCAAGCAGGAAUGAACAGCAUUUUCCUGUACGUCGGCCACAUGGUUACGUACAACCUGUUCCCCUGGCACUACAUCAUAGGACCCAUGAGAACCCACGCCGCCUUGCUCGCUGAGUGUUUGUGGGGCACCACGCUGUGGGUGCUAACUGCUCUCUACCUGCACAGCAAAGGAAGAUUCUACACUGUCUAGCAAGCACAUUAACUGCUCUGUACCUGCACAGCAAAGGAAGAUUCUACACCGUCUAGCAAGCACAUUAACU